ACUCUUGGAAACCCUUUUGGAUAGAAAGAUGAUUGAUCAAUUUGAGAUAUUUUACGCGGAUGGUGUUAUUCCCAUAAAAUCAUUACACGGCGAAUUCGAUUGCUUUUUAGCCCUAUACGAUACAACAUUAUUAAAUAGAUAUUAUUCCGUGAGUGUCCAUUACAACACUACACGUAAAACAAAAUGUCACACCCGACUUAAUGUCAUGGGAUCACCAAAAAACUGGCCAGUCUCUAACCACAAGACCACAACACCACAAACGGCAGUGACCACAUCAGCGAAACCAAAGAUGGCUACAGUUAUUACGCCAAAAGUAACGCUACAACAUACGUCAAAACCCACAUCCACUGAUGCUCCAAAAGACCUUCCAGCUGUAUGGACAUACGUGAGCGUAGGCCUGGCCGUGGUCAUUGUGGUUUUAGGAGCGGCAGUUCUAAUAUGUGUUUAUAGGAGACAACGGGGUCGAAACACAACUAAACCAGACCCUGAGCACAACUAAGUCAAGUCAAUGACCUUGGAGUCGGUAUGUUCGAAUGUGUCGACAGGAGCGGUGCCGCUGGAGUAGGCGCAUGAGUCAGAUUAUGUUUCAUUUUAAGUUCUAAGCUCC